AAGACAGCAGCCCCGCCAGAAACGUUUCCCGCACAGCUUAGCGUUAAUAUUUCAAGACUGGAACAAGACUGCGUGCCGUGCCUUUUUGUUUGGUUGCUGUCACGGGCAUUGACUUUGGACCCAUAGAAGGUGCUAUUAUACGGCAUUUUUCACGAGCUAGUCGCGGACACAGUACUACGUACUUCCAUUGAAGGGAACCACGACCAACCAGAACAUCAUGUCGUUCCGCGCGGGCCAGUUCGAGUCAUGCUGCGACCUGAAGGCGCAGAUCAUGUCAAGCUACACCCGGUCAGGAUUGGAUACCGUGGGGCAGCUCGGCGGUGGAGCCUGCUUCACGAAACCGGGUCCGCAGUUUGGGAAGACGCACCUACCGACGAACAAGUGCCGCAUGCACACCACCGCCGUGUUAGCCGGCAUCCAGUGGGCGCUGCAGACGCGAAAAAAAGUGAGUCGGGGCACGAAAAUGUCGCUGGAACUGGAAAUCGCAAGCCGGUUUCUGGUGGACUGGCUGAUGGCGGCAGAAGACGAGGUGGAGGGACAAAAAAACGAAGACCAGGAAAAAAUCGCCGGCAAAGCCGCGGCCACACCUUUAACUACCACUCAAGCUUCUUCUCAGCCUGUUGCGUCUUCAGUGAUCUUGCGCAAGUUCAAGCGUUUGCUGAGUUUCGUAAAACAGUACGCAACGAAACUUGAGCAGACGAACGCGACGACUUCUGUUGCUCCCUCCAAAUCAACCAUCAACAACGCCGAGGGCAGCUGCCCUGCCGCAGCAAGUCUCGACCGACUGCUACCGAGGCCGUGCCUCUCUGAGUGGAGCCGGAAGCAGCUGCUGCAGGAGCUCCAGAAGAACACCAUUGUGUACUUGGAAAACAUCGUGGCGUUAAUUGCCGAAAACAAGAAUACCGACCCGACGCACGGCCAGCUGCUGUUCACGUUCGUCGUCGACUGCGGGCGAUAUUUCAACAAGGAAUGCUCUGGGACUUUACCCCCGGGCGAAGUUUCGAAGAUUCGCCAGGCGGCGCUGCAUGCGGGGGCCUUUGUGAUUUUUCGGUGUGCCCACGAGGACAGUGCCGACCUGUGCGAGGUGCGGUUUCCCGGGGUCGACGCGUCCGAAGCGAGGACCAUCCUCUUCAUGGAGCGCAUGAGGGACACGACGGUGGAGGAGGUGGAGUUUUUGUGGCAGGUGAACAAAAGCCUGAGCAACGAGUCUCUGCGGCAGAACUUUUUUACGCCAUCUUACCUGGCGAACAAAGAUCCAGGUCUGUUUUGGACCCUGGUGCGACACGCGAGCAAUCUCUAUCUGCCCGCAGAGGACAUGGCAGGCUUGAAAAGCGCCGGGAUGUUCCAGCCGGAGAGCAGGGCGGUGGUGUCACCAGCAACAGGAGCGAGUGGUAGCGGAUCAUCCAGUACCGGAGAUGCCGCCAACGAUGGUAGUACUUCGCAAAAGUACAAACAAAACGAAGAAAAACUCCAGGCCUACCUCGAAGCACUCGACGCGUACGGAGGUCACAGAAGUGGUGCGCCGUCUACUAGUUCUCAACCGGGGCAGGAACUACAAGACAAACAAACAGUCAGCAAGAUAUUUUCCUGGAACUCCUUCCUCCCCGGAAUUCGUGGUGGCAGUCUGCACCGGUUCGCUCUUAUGACCUCGGCGGAAAGUGAUAUUACCUCGUCAACAUCGUCGAGGCGCGAGGCAGACCGGAGGGAGCUCGUUAAGCAAAAUCUGAACCCGGAGUUCCCAGACGAAAAGUGUACCAAGCUGGUGGUAGCGAUCGUGCGGGCGUGUGCGUCACCGGAGUUCUUCGGGCGGUUGCCAAACUACAAAAAGGAGAAAAAGAUGGGUGUGUGCGUGUUGGAGCGGGAGGAGGAGAAGCAAGGAAACUACGGACAGCAGAUGACGGCGGACUUCGAAAGGCAGAAGAUGCUGCAAGAUUUGGUCAAGAAGAAUCCCGCGCUGCUUAAACUUCUGGAUACGAAGGACGACAAGGGGUUCGAGAAGCUGCUGGCUUCGAACCCGCAGCUGAAGCCGGUCAUCGAGGCUCUCGGCGAUAAGCUGCAGAGUGUCGGGCCAAAGGAGGACAAAUUUCCGAAGACGGGCAACAGCACGUGGUCACCGGCUCCCGAUAGCAAGACGGCCGUCAAGCUCAUGGGGCAGAGCCGAGUCUGCUGGCACUGCCAAAACGUCGAGUCCGAGCGGGACAAGCACACCUGGGUGACGUGCGGCAAGUGCGGCGUCGCGACCUACUGCGCGGCCACGCACCAGGCGCUGCACUGGGAGGAGCACCAGGAGGAGUGCGCGUAUUUCUGCGCGCAAAGCGGCACCGGUUCUUCAUCUUUCACGGAGCCGGAGGCAGAAGGUCAGCUGAUCACGACUGAUGAAAAGCGGAAGUUAGACCGUCUCGUCCCGGUCAUGGUGUUGCCCGCGAACGAAGCGGUAAAGCCGUACGUGCGGUAUUUGCCGAAAGACCCGGCGGCCGCCCGGAAGCGGAUCAAACAGCUGCUCAACUGCGAACACCUGGUGGAGGGCAACUCCUUCCGCGGGUUCGUGCCGUCGAUCGGCCGGACACCCGGAUGCAACAACGAAGAGUCCAUCCCCGGGAAGAGGUUCUACAACACGGAAUUCUGGCUCGUCCAGGAGGACUUUUCGAAGCACCUGAAGGGGGCGGAGGUGAAAAUUUCGGGCUUGACCGGCAACACGGCACUGAACAACCGGCGGGGAUACUUGACAGGCGCGUACAAGUCCCCGGUGGGGCAUCCGGGAAAGGCCAAAGACCGGUACGCCGUGAGACUCGUAAAAGGCAGCGGAAGUGGUGGCCGCACAUCUUCAACAUCUUCCGCAGAACUCGAGGCGGACACCAAGCUCAUUUCCGGUCAGAAUUUGAGCUUCACGAACAGCAAAGUCGUCGAGAAGUUUGCGAAGCCGAAUUUGCACAAGCAAAACGCCCGAGCGAGCGCCCUGCUGACCGCGUCCAACAACGUGGCGGCACCGCCGGAGUUUGCGUCGCAGAGCAACGCAAUGUCUUCUGCGAUGCCCAUCACAAACUACAUGCACAUCGGGGACGAAUCUGAGCUCGCGGUGCGCGCCAGGGGCGAUGUCUACAUGAUUCGGGUCGGCAAGAUGAUGCCGAGUAAAAGCGAUAGUGCCGCCGGAAUAAACAACAGUGCUGGUAGUGGAGGCUCCGCUUCUGCCGCCCGACGAGGACAACAACCUCCUGUAGACCCGUUCUACACCGCCGCUAGCUCCUCCCCGCAAGCUCUGAAUACGGAGCAGGUGCUGCAGUUUUUGAAUGGUGCCGGUAUCCUCGGCGACGACGUCAAGGAUGAAAUGGUUGAGCCCGAGGAGGAAAUCGUGAACAACGAGAACAACAAGAAGCAGCUCCUGCCCUUCGACCGGGCACUCUACGAUCGGUUUUGUGGGAUGUUCAACCUGAUCCCGUUGACGGACCGGUUUGCCAUCUCCAUGUUGAUGAAAAACGACGCGGAGGGAGAGCGGAUGUAUCAAAUGUAAAAAUGUCUGGGUCUGGAAGUCAGAAUGCAACUUGUGAUGCUGCAUUUGGAUUCCAAAAAAAUUUGUAUUGCGUGAGUACCUAAGGAAGGGCAAUUUUUGCUACGCUGAGAAGGCAUUUGUCAUGCGGAAUACGCAUCAAGAAGCCCUCAGAAAAUCUGUAUUGCUAGGGGAUGCUUGCAUCACAGACAUCAUGGCUCAUGCAAAACGUGCAUGACAAGUGUCAGAAUCUUCCAGACCCAGACAUUUUUACAGUUGAUAGGAUGGUGGCAAGCGCCAUGCAACCUAUGCUGGAACUUGGGGCGACCGCCACAGCGGCAAGUACAACUAGGGCAUCAGGUAGUUGUAGAGGUGGAGCAGCUUCUGCCAGCACCACUGCCAGUUCUAGUACCGGGAAGGCAAAAAGCAAGGCAGCGCCGCACGUGAAAGUUACGAAAGAAGAGAUUGACAAAAUAGGUCAAGACAUUGCCGACAUCAACCUGCAACCGCCGGAGGAGGAGCCGGAUUCCGUCAUUGGGGCCCGCGUGCGCAUGGUCGACGUGGAGAACGCGCCCGAGCACAAUGGACGCGUGGGCAAGGUGCUCGAGGUUUUGGACCCGGUUGACAGCGCGGCCGCGAGUUUGAGCAACCACGUUUUUGGGGGCGUGCCGGUGCGUGCCGGGCCGCAGUACCGGAUUGAAUUGCAGAAAACGAAAACCAAGCCGGCCACGGUGAUCACAACGGUCAAAACCAGCUGCAUUUUCGACUGACGAGAUGUAGGUAGUCGGGGGGAGAAACUAGAAAGUAUAUCAAUCUAUGUCUUUAUCUUUUUGACAGUGACGAGUCUUGGACAAUAUCCUGAUUCAUGUGAUCAGGCACCUACUUACCGCAUAGUCGCCAAGUAUAAGAACAGGAAGGUAGAAAUGUUGCGGCCGCGCAGUUUCUGUUGCUGGCGACGCUCGCAUCGAGCGACCGACGAGUAGACUCGGUGUUCGUUACGUGCGAUCGCUUCUAGUCCGGGCUGAAUCCGAACCAAUUUUUGGUAAAU